AAUUUACCCAGAAAGUUUGCAUAAGACGCUACUUUUCUGGUUAAUGUAUUGAGAUGAGUGACUGUUCAAAUUCAGACGAAUCGGCAAGCCCGUCUCCACCUAAAAAAAAGAAUAAAACUCAAAAGUACACGAAAAAGGAUCUUUACUAUGAUAAUGAUGAAGAUGAGGAUGAUGACGACGAGGAAGACGAAGAAGAGGAUGUCGAUGAAGAUGAAGAACCUGCCUUAACCUCGAAAAAAAAGAGAAGAAUGAAUUUUGCAAUUAAGGAUAUGUUUCAUGAUGAAGCUUCGGUCGACGAAGACGAUGAAGAAGAAGAUGAAGAAUAUGACGACGAGGGGGAACUGAUUGGUCCGGAAGAUGAAGAAGCCCUGGACGCUGUACCUGCAGCUCGAGAAUUAGAUUCUCGCCGGAGAAUACGUGAGAUCAUGGACCAAGAUGAAGAGGAAAUAGAAAGAUAUUAUCAAGAGCGUUAUGAGAACCAAAAUUAUGUCGAUCGUUUUGGUGAUGGUGAGGCUAUGGCUGAUAGUAUUGUUCAAAAGGAACGUCUUCCAGGUAUCAAAGAUCCUAACCUCUGGGCACUUCGAUGUAAAAUGGGUGAAGAAAAGGCUACUGUACUUGCACUGAUGCGUAAAUUUAUAGCCUAUCAAUUUUCUGACACUCCACUACAAAUUAAGUCAGCCUUUGCUAAGGAAGGUUUGAAGGGUUAUAUUUAUGUUGAGGCUUUCAAGCAAACUCAUGUUAAACAAGCCAUAGACGGUAUAACAGCUUUACGACUUUCAAUGUACAAGCAACAACUUGUUCCAAUUGAGGAAAUGACAGAAGUUGUACGUGUGGUGAAAGAAACUGGUCAACUUAAACCUGACCAGUGGGUUCGGAUUAAAUCUGGACUCUAUCGUGAUGAUUUAGCAUUGGUUGAAUAUGUAGAGGAUGCACAAAAUUUAGUUGGUCUUAAGUUAGUUCCUCGAAUUGAUUAUGAAAGAAAACGUAAUCGUGGCACAGAAACAGAAGAUGAUAACAACAAGUUUAAACGUUUUAAGCGCCCAGCACCAGCACUAUUCAAUGCAUCAAAAUUAUCUGAUCGUGUACAACGUGAUGGAUCAUCAUUGGUUUUUGAGGGGAAUCGAUACGAUACUGACGGAUUCUUGCAUAAACAAUUUCGUAUUAAUGCUGUUUUUACUGAAGGCAUUCGACCUACACUGGCUGAACUUGAAAGAUUUCAUCAUACUCCUGAUAGUCUACAAAUGGCUGCUGCCGCUGCUAAUGCUGCAGCUAAUUUAACUUCAACUGUUAAUGUUGAGAUUGCUUCAAAUCAUUGUUUCACUCCUGGAGAUGUUGUCGAAGUAUGUGAAGGUGAUCUUAAGAAUCUUCGUGGUAAAGUUGUCUCCAUUGAAGGCAAUAGCAGGAUUAUUGUUCAGCCGAAUCAUUCUGACUUACGAGAACCCAUACCGUUUACACCAGUGGAAUUAAGAAAGUUCUUCAACCAAGGUGAUCAUGUCAAGGUCCUCAGUGGUCGACAUGUUAAUGAAACUGGUUUAGUCAUACGUUUUGAUCCCAGUCUAGCUGUUGUUUUAUCCGAUCAUAGUAUGAAUGAAAUGAAAGUUGCACCGAAGGAUUUACGUUUAUGGCAAGAUCGUGCUACAACUGUUGAAUCAUCUGGGCAUGUACAAUUGAUGGAUUUAGUGCAAGUUGACCCGCAAACUGUCGGUGUUGUUGUUCAUGUUGAACGUGACCAAGUCUCUGUACUAACAUGUUUUGGUAAAGUUGUUAAUUUAAAAUCGAAUACAGCAUUGCGUCGAUUAAAUACUGUUCGUCGACCACCACAAGCAUUAGAUCAUAAUGGAAAUUCUAUACAAUUAAAGCAAACUGUUCGCUUAUUAGAAAAACCACAUUGUGGAUUAAUUGGUGAAGUGAAACACUUGUAUCGUUCAUGGGCAUUCAUAUAUUGUCGUACACAUUUAGAAAAUGCUGGACUUGUUGUAGCUAAAACUCGUCAACUCUCUGCAUUAACCACUUCACAAGGAGGUAAUGAACAAAGCAAUACAGAAAAUGGUAUUUCAAUGAAAACAAUUACACCUAUCAGUGGUGCAAGAAACUUUGGUGGUAAUAAUGAAGGUGGACGUGGAAAAGGUAGUCGUAACGAACGUCAGCUAGUUGGCAGGACAGCUUUGAUUGUUAAGGGUACAUUAAAAGGUUUAUUGGGUAUUAUAUGUGAUGCAACACCAACGCAUGUAGUACUGGAAUUACAUAGUCAAUUUAAAAAAGUACCUGUUGCACGUGAAAAUAUGGCUUUGUUAGACAGUGGUGGUCGUAUCAUGGAUACACAAUAUGGUGCUACUACACCUCGUAUUACACCAAUGCGUGAAAUGCGUACACCACAGUUGGCAUAUGGUGCUCAAACACCACAUGCAGCAAGUACAACUCCUCGUGGUGACAGUACCCCCUUACCGAGUGCAUUUAAUGCUGGCAUGGCUACACCAAAAAUUAGUAAUCUUGAUGAACCCAUGACUCCAAGUUCUAGCUUUCUGUGGACUUCAAGUGAUCUUCAUCGUAUGUCAAGUUCAAGUACCCAUUCAUUGUCUGAUACUGAAUAGAUACAGAAUUAAUGAUACUUCAAAAUACUAAGAAUCAAAUAAUAACUUAUUCGUUUCAAAUUCAUUCAGUCUGUGAUGAAAUGUGAAUAACUGGAAUGACCACAAUGAUCGGGAUGUAUACACAUAAAAAAAAUUGAAGAACCAUUUGUGCUCUUUUUAUUGUGACCUUUCUGUGUUUGUUUUUUGUACCGUUGUGAUUAAAUGCAAUGAGGUUGUGUAUAUUACCAUGUUACAAAUUCAUGGGUGGUGGGAGGUCGUCUCAAAUACUCAUGUAAAUAAGCAAUGUAUUAACCUCAGUACUGACAAUCGUUCGUUUAAAUGCAACUAAUCUAAGUAAUUUAUAUGUAAAUUCUUUUCAUCGAUGACAUUCUGAGUCGUUAACAGCAAUGAGAUGUAGAAUAUAUAUUUCUUGGAUUUAUUUGCAUAACAAUAAGUUUUAUUGUUUACAAUGGAAACUUGAACCCAGCACCCAUUACUUUGAUAGGCUGAUUCAUUAGAAUACUAUACAGAGUCGACUGUUUUCGAAAUGGCUACCAGUUAUUAAUAGAGCUAGUAAAAUUUGAUUCCGAAAGCAGCACAACUCAAAAGGAUCUCCAGUUCUGGCAGUAAUUUUCAAGAACUUUUGCUAAUCGAUGAUUCUUUGCAGCUAUAGAGUAGGUAUUGUCCUCUGAUGUCACUGUCUUUUAAUGAAACAUAAGGCAACAAAGAGGAUCAAUCGUAUUUUGUGUGAAUUCUUGCUUCAUUAACACAAUCUGUUCUUGCAUUCAUAUCGAUUCACUUUGCCAUAUUACUUUUGUUUGUACGGAAAACAAAACGAAAAUAUUAUAGAGUCUUCUACUAUCAAUUCCGAUAAUGGUUAACUUUUGUUAAACCCUUUUAUUAACCCAUUUAACAGACAAUGUUAUUUGGAUAUUAGCAAUCUGUCUAUUCCUUUGUUCUAUUAUGAUCACUAGCUUGUCAGUAUAAAUGUGUACGCUUGAUCGCAUGUGACAGCCUACGCAUAUAUUUCUCUCUGUCUUAAAAAUAUGGCUCGAUGAAUCAUUAUCUUCCCCAUGUAUAUAUGUACUUGAAUCCUAUUAAUGGCCUAUGCUGCGCUUUUAUGCGAUUUGACUACAAAUUUGCCUCCGUAUUCGCUCGCGCAUAAAUAUUAGUCUCUGCUCAAAAUCCGCUCGGUGUGCUUGUAGCUUUGCUAUGUUUGUUAUCUGUCAAUAAACUGUAGUUGCCGCUUCUGAUUCCAAACACCGUUGGGAUUUUUAUUUAUUUAAACACAAACAUUGGUACAAGGAGGCACCAAAUAGAUAUGCGCCACAUAAAUAAUUCGACUUGUAUGAGGGCUAGGAUACUCUGCCCGGGUGCCCAAACCGUUGAGAAUUAUAUAAUAACGGUUAUCAGGAUGAUUAAUUAACGAAGCUAAACCACUUAUCGACUUAGAAUACGCAGAUGACAUAGUCCUGUUUGGUGAAGACGCUGAUAGAAUGCAGUCUUUUGCUAGCACUAAGCAACAAUCCCAGAAUGUUUGGAAUGCGCUUCUCUCCCUCUAAAUGCAAGUUGUUGCUUCAGGAC